CGUUCGUUGUCGUUCCUUCCUGGGCUUGUGCUAGCCGGCCACAGCUCGGCCGCCGCUUGAAAUUCGUUACCGGCUCACCGCUCAGCCGCCAUGGCUUCCCAGCUGCCACCGCCGUCGCCGCCGCCCACUCCCACCACCAUAACCUGUCUCCGCGACGACCUCCUCCUCGAGAUCUUCCUCCGCCUCCCGCGCCUUGUCCGCGCGGCCCUCGUCUGCCGCGCCUUCCGCCGCGCCGUCCGCUCGUCCCGCGCCUUCCGCCGCGCUUUCCGCGCGCUCCACGCGCCGCCUCUCCUCGCGCUCUUCCUCGAGCCCACCUUCCAACUGGCCCCGGCCGUCCCCUGCCCCUGGCGCCACCGCGACCCGGACCUCGCCGCCGCCGACUUCUUCGACACCCGCCUCCCACGCCACGGCGACGCCAGCGCUGCCGGGUGGGAGAUCAAGUCCCAGGCCCCCAGCUGCGACGGCUACCUCAUCCUCCACAAGGUGAGCCGGAGCGCCGCGUACAGCCCUCUCACGCAGGCCCUGGAUCUGUACCUCCAUCACACCGACCUCCAGUUCUACACCCUCCCCUCCGAAGAUGGCCGGGCGCCGUCCCGCGUGGUCUGCGUCAUCCACGAGCGCGGGCGGUGGGAGCGCGCCGCAGUCCUCUCAUCAGACACCAUGGAGUGGCGAUUCUUCCCGAAGAAUCCGCUGCCGCUGCGCGGAGGGGCCGGGACGGGCAGGGUGUUGCGCGGACUCAUCUGGUGGCCAAACUGGAUGUGUGGCAAAAUCGUGGUGCUUCACACCACCACCUUUCACUUCUCUCUAAUCGACGUGCCAACUCCCUUGAGGACGAAAUGGGAUAAUCUGACAUACAAGCUCGGUGAGACCAAGGAUGGGAGUCUCUGCUUCGUAGUUGUAAAGGAUGGCGCGCUUGUUGCUCAUCAUUUCCUGGCAGCCGGCGAUGAUCAUGUCGUCGGGAGGUGGAUGCUGUACAAGGAGUUCCCGUUGCACCCGAUUGUUAAGAGUCUCACUGGGUGCUCAAUGGAGGAAGAGGGCUGCCAUGUCAGGGUGAAGGUUGUGGCGGUCAUCGAUGGCUUUGUGUACCUCUCUGUUUUCUACUGCAAGGACACACAGCCUUGUGAGUUGUAUCUAUCCUUGUGCCUGGAAACGUCGGAGAUGAGCGAGCUCUUUAAUGAUGCAUAUCGGUAUAACCUGGAUGUCCAUCCCUAUGUCAUGGCAUGGCCUCCCUCUUUGGUGCAAAGCAAGAAGGAAUCAGAAACUGAAUUCACUGGAGACAUUGUUACAGACGAUGGUCCUGUGAGAACGGAAAAAGCUUCCUUUCUGCUUGUCACCGCACUGCAGUCACUCAGUCAAGCUCUGAGGGAUGACAGUGGCAGUAAUAAUGAAAUAGCAGCGGAGUUAGAUGCCUUCUUCCGUCCUAACGAGGAUAGCGAUGGCUCUCUUAUGAGCAAGAUCACUAGUUUUGAUGCACAGUUGAUAACUGCAAGAGACCGUAUAUUGAGGAUAAGUACAUGACUCUGAGGUCUGCGUGCCUAGUACAGAAAGAGAAACCUGAUUAUGAAUUGGUGAUAAGUGUACAGGUGGAAGCUGUCAAGAGCUUCUUGGAAUGUGUGUUAAUUUGUGUGUGUUGUGUGUUUGUUGUGAUGAUACAGGAUUUUGUUGAAAUGGUUUGUAUAUCAGUUUUUUGGAUGCUGUAAAGAGCUAAUGUCUCAUAUACUGAUCCAAAGAUUGGCGUAACCAUCACUACUUCUGUAUGAUUAAACCACAGAUGAGCUUCUUCUCUUCGGUUGAUACAUAUCUUUUGCUGUGCAUAUUCAGGUUGGUGCCUGAGAAAUCGGAGCCGAACUUGUGCAGUUCAGCUCCAUGGAGGCUGGCACCGGACUUCUGUGCUUGCUUGGCUGCCGUUCCUGGGUACGAUGACUGGGCGCAAGCGGUACCAGGAUACACAGGGCUGAACCUGUUCUCAUCGGCGCCGUGCUAUUUGGAGUCGAUCUACCGCAUCUCGGCCUGAGCUGUGUGGCGCCGAACACAGUAGGCUUAGUUACCAGUUCAUCUCCAGUCCACCACAUUCCAGCUUAUAUGGUUUAUAUGGGCAGCGGUCAUCUACUUAAAGAGGAGUACAAGAAGGUACACCGAGGAGUUAGGCCCGAGUAAGCUGCCGUCGAGUUCAGUCAGCUAUCAUCAACGAGUGACGUACGUGAGCCAGGGCUUUGAGACAAGAGGAUAAAAGGAUUAUCCUGAAGAUCUCUGUUAACAAUGGGCAAGAGAGAAGACUCGAAUAACUUUUACCCAUGGACAAUUAUUUGACCAAGAUAGAUGCCGAUGUUUUCAUCUCAGAGUGCUGCCCCACUUCGGAUUGAGGAGAAGGAAGAUGGCGUCAUCGGUAAUACAAUGUUCAAGGAAAUUGCGGCAUGAUGGAAUGGACGAUUUUGGGUUUCUUUAUUGUAAGAAAGAGUAUCCGCGGGAGGCUAAAAAUGGUGUUCUUUGACUACAUGCAGUAUAUGUGUGUUCCUUUGGUUUACAAAGUUGAACCCGGCAAAUAGUACUAGACUGGUGAUACAUACGAGAGUCCGUGUUAAUUUUGGGAAAGGAUGCAAGCUUUACUUUUUAGAAGUUGUAAUGUUUCAUUAGAUGUGUUAAUGGUGCUCGAGAUUUUUGCAAAUAGGAAACAUUCAAAGUGCAAUUUAGGAAGUGUAAGCGCGUCACGGUUAUUGGAUCUUCCGGAAGCCACGACAUUUGCCUUCCACGCAAAAAGGAUCCAGAUCGCGUGCCUCGCGUAGAGGAUGAUGCUGCCCUUGAGGCACCCCAUGAUGACAAGCCACAGCCCUUGUGAUGAGCUCAGGUCAUGGACUAAAGAAGAGGAAGAGAUGCACGAGCGCGCGCCACCAAGGAGUCGCUCGAGCCUGUCUGCGCCAACCACCUACUCUGACCAUCGCCAGUCCACCUAAUAUGACCAUCUUCUUUGGGCUUUAGUUGCUGAAUAUGCAUAGGGUUCUGUAUCUGAUGAGUUAUUAUGGCAUGCUAUCUUUAUUUGCGUUCAUAGCUUGGUGACUGGAUAGAACAAACCAUUUUUCUCAGUUGGACUAUUUGAAUGCAUCCACACUGCCAUUUCCUUGGGAUUUUCAAAGCAAACAACAAACACCACGGGCGCGGCGUGCCGCCGCGCCAUUGCUUUCUA